UUCUUUUCAGAAGCCAUCUCUCUGAGACUCUUCCCAAGUGACACCGAGUGCUCCCAACAGCUGCAGCCAGCGCAGCGACCCUGCCUCUCUUUGGCAGGCACCAGCCGGGCUCCCCCUGAUGGCACAGAGAAGCAGACUCACAGCCUCCUGCCGAGCGCACGUCCUCGUGCUUUGCUUUUUGGCACAUGUAGCCACAGGUGUGGAACUGUCUGUAAAUAACCACAAUGAUGAUUUCACCCUGACCAUAUCGUCCGGGUCCCUCGCCUCCCUGUCCUGCCUUGCACAGAACAGCAGCCAAGCCGAGGAGCUGCUCUGGUACAGAGGAGAUGGCCGUGUGGAUCUGAAAGAUGAGAAUAAAGUGAACAUCAGCAACAUCUGCAUCUCUCCAGUCUCUGAGUCUGACAACGGCGUUGCCUUCACGUGCAGGCUGCUACGGGACCAGUCUGUGCAGGUCUCGGUGGUCCUGGAUGUCCGCUUUCCUCCCUCUGCGGGCGAAGACGAAUCCAUCUAUAUUGAAGAAGGCAAAGAUGUCACUCUGACCUGCAAUGCCAAGUCCAACCCUCAAGGCCAAACAACAUGGUACAAGAACAACACCAUCCUGACCCUACACGACCACUACCAGGUAUACCAGAACAGUGAGACCUUCCAGCUCUCUAUCAGGAAAGUACAGAAGUCUGACAACGGGACCUACACCUGUGAGGUGAAAUCUUCUUGUGGAGACAGCAGUAAGGAUUUCCACCUGAUAGUUGAAGAUAAAAAACCUGUCUUCCCCACGGAGGCUGUUAUUGCUGCUGUUGUGGUGGUUGUACUCACCGGGCUUUUUGGAAUUGUGGCUCAGAAAGAAAAAAUAUUUAAGUGCUUCAAAAAACCAAGUCAAACAGCCCUGUAAAGACGGCACAGAAACUGUGCAUACCCAGAAAGCACCAUUUCAAGUGGUGGCACACCUGCACGAGAUGAUAUUAGGCACCGAAACACAGCUCUGGACACAAGCUUAGGAAGUCUUUCUGAACACACAAGCAUCGUUUCACAGCUGCUGAUUGUAACUCACUGCUCAGAACGCUGCCACGGGGCAGGAGGCUGAGAGACCCCACCUCAUCCCCUGUGCCUCUCCCACAGAGGCAGCCCUGAGCUCAGGGCGUCGUGAGGGGAAUGGCGCUGUGGCGGUGUUGGGGAGGGGAGGGCACCCAGCCGGCCUGCCCCUCACCAACCGUCCCUCGGGAUCCUCUCAGCACCUCAUCACACCUCAGCAUUGCACCUUACCGCCAAUAAACGAACUGUGCUGUACGUUAA